AUGUUCUCUUUCUUUGGAAGAAAGAAAAAAGAUCAGGGCAAGAUUUGUACAUUGACCUCUUCAUGUGAUGUAAUCAUUGCGGAUAUUUUAUCAAUCGUUUUCAUCGUGAAUCUAUUUGCAAAUGUGUCAUCAUUUGCACAAGAGAAACUGCAAGUCAUGACAACGAAGAAAGCGCCGAAUUGUUCGAAACGAUCAAAAGUUGGCGAUACUCUAUACAUGCAAUAUACGGGAGUGUUAAAAUCGAAUGGAGUGAAAUUUGAUUCAUCAUACGAUCGAGGUCACCCAUUUGUUUUUAAAAUAGGCCAUGGACAAGCUAUUCAAGGAUGGGAACAAGGUUUACUUGAUAUUUGUGAAGGUGAAGAAAGAAAACUAAUUAUACCUCCAUCGUACGCCUAUGGAGAUGUUGGUGCUGGUGAUGCUAUUCCACCUCAAGCAACUCUUCUCAUGGAUGUCAAAUGUGACAAGAUUGUUUCAGACGAAUGA